AUGGUUGUGGCAUUGGUUGCUAACGGUGAUAUCCCGGCGCCGGCCACAAGCCGAGUUGCCUCCGUCUACAGCGAGUUCCAGGCGAAUCGCAUCGACCACACCCUCCCUCUCCCUACCGUGCUCAGAAACCCCUUCAAGUUCGUCAAAGGACCACCUAGUUCCGCGGCUGGCAAUCCAGAUUACUUGCAGGAGCGUGCUAAAGGCAGCGUAUUGUACGGUUUCAGGGGAGGUCCAGCUGGAAUCAUGAAGGGCAAGUAUGUGGAACUUACACCAGAAUAUAUUUACCCGUAUAGAAACCAGGGUGGUUUUGAUAUGAUAUGUAAUGGAAGAGAUAAGAUUGAAACUCCAGAGCAGUUUCAACAAGCUGCAGAUACUGCCGCGAAGCUUGAUUUGGAUGGACUUCUUGUUAUUGGUGGGGAUGACUCGAACACAAAUGCCUGCCUCCUUGCUGAGAAUUUCAGGGGAAAGAAUUUGAAAACUCAGGUGAUUGGGUGUCCAAAAACCAUUGAUGGUGACUUGAAAUGCAAAGAAGUCCCAAUAAGUUUUGGGUUUGAUACUGCUUGCAAGGUGACUGCAACUAAAAGAAAUUUUUUAUUACUUGAACCCUUAAAUUUUUUAUAG